CUAGCUUGACAACGUGCCGAGCUGUCAGCGGAGCAGCCCAGCGGUGUCGACAGGCAGGGAAAGCCCUCAGACAGCGAGCACAGCGUCUCCAGCGCACACCGCCGCUCGCUCCCCGCUGGCCCCACACGGCUCUGCCUCUGCGUCCACACGGGCUCGUGAACUCCGCGAAGCCGCAGCGCUGCCCCGACCCUCCGCCGGACAUGGCUGAUGUGACUUCCAACGAGUCGUCCACCGCGGACGUCGCCAAUCGGUUCGCGCGCAAGGGCGCCCUGAGGCAAAAGAACGUCCACGAAAUCAAGAACCACAAAUUCAUAGCCAGGUUCUUCAAGCAGCCGACCUUCUGCAGCCACUGCACCGACUUCAUCUGGGGAUUUGGAAAACAAGGAUUCCAGUGCCAAGUUUGCUGUUUCGUGGUCCACAAGAGGUGCCAUGAAUUCGUCACGUUCUCCUGCCCGGGGGCCGAUAAAGGAGCCGACACGGACGACCCCAGAACAAAGCACAAGUUUAAGAUCCACACCUAUGGGAGUCCCACCUUCUGCGACCACUGUGGCUCUCUGCUCUAUGGCCUCAUCCACCAGGGCAUGAAGUGCGACUCCUGUGACAUGAACGUCCACAAGCAGUGUGUCCUGAACGUGCCCAGCCUGUGCGGCACCGAUCACACUGAGAGGAGGGGCCGGCUUUACCUCAAGUGUGAGGUCGGCGGCGAUAAGCUGCAGGUCACAGUGGGCGAGGGCAGAAACCUGAUUCCCAUGGACCCAAAUGGACUCUCCGAUCCAUACGUCAAGCUCAAGCUUAUACCAGACCCCAAAAACGAGACCAAGCAGAAGACCAAAACCAUCCGCUCCAACCUCAACCCCAAAUGGAACGAGACCUUCAAUUUCAAGCUGAGGCCUACAGAUAAGGACCGCAGGCUGUCGGUGGAGGUGUGGGACUGGGACCGGACCACCAGGAACGACUUCAUGGGAGCCCUGUCUUUCGGCGUGUCCGAGCUCAUGAAGUCUCCGGUCUGCGGCUGGUACAAGUUGCUGUGCCAGGAGGAGGGCGAGUACUACAACGUUCCCAUCUCAGAGGAGGACGACGGCAACGAGGAGCUGAGGCAGAAGUUUGAGGACUGCCAAAUUAACUUUAAUCUAAAGGACCAUGCAGUUGUGGACGACUCUGAUAAGAAAGCCAAGCUCGGCCCCGGGAAGAAGGUGAUCGACGAGACGGACGACGCCGGCUCCAACCAGCUGCCGUCCAACAACCUGGACCGAGUCAAGCUCAGCGACUUCGCCUUCCUGGCGGUGCUGGGGAAAGGCAGCUUUGGGAAGGUCAUGCUGGCAGAAAUGAAGUCAACCGAAGAGCUGUAUGCAAUAAAGAUCCUGAAGAAGGACGUGGUGAUCCAGGACGAUGACGUGGAAUGUACCAUGGUGGAGAAGCGGGUCCUGGUCCUGCAGGACAAGCCGCCCUUCCUCACACAGCUGCACUCGUGCUUCCAGACUGUGGAUCGUCUCUACUUCGUCAUGGAGUAUGUGAAUGGUGGAGACCUCAUGUACCAUAUCCAACAAGUGGGCAAAUUCAAGGAACCUCAGGCUGUGUUUUACGCGGCAGAGAUUGCUGUGGGCCUCAUCUUCCUGCACAGUAAAGGAAUCAUCUACAGAGAUCUGAAGUUGGACAAUGUGAUGCUUGACUCUGAGGGACACAUUAAGAUUGCUGACUUUGGGAUGUGUAAAGAGCAAAUGGUGGAGGGAGUGAGCACGCGCACCUUCUGCGGGACUCCAGACUACAUCGCCCCGGAGAUCAUUGCGUAUCAGCCAUACGGACGCUCUGUGGACUGGUGGGCAUACGGAGUGCUGCUCUACGAAAUGCUGGCAGGACAGCCUCCUUUUGAUGGAGAGGAUGAAGAUGAGUUGUUUCAGUCCAUUAUGGAGCACAACGUGUCCUACCCCAAGUCCCUGUCCAAAGAAGCUGUCUCCAUCUGCAAAGGGCUGAUGACCAAGCACCCGUCCAAGCGUCUUGGCUGCGGUCCUGAGGGAGAGAGGGACAUCAGAGAGCACGCCUUCUUCAGACGCAUCGACUGGGACCGCCUCCAGAACCGGGAGAUCCAGCCGCCCUUCAAGCCCAAAGUGUGCGGCAAAGCGGCGGAGAACUUCGACAAGUUCUUCACUCGCACCCAGCCGCAGCUCACCCCGCCGGACGAGCUGGUCAUCGCCAACAUCGACCAGGCCGAGUUCGCGGGCUUCUCCUUCAUCAACCCGCAGUUCGUGCACCCGUCGCUCAGCAGCAGCUUGUGAGCAGGACGAGGAGGCUCAGCGCUCACUGCCACCAACGGAAAUCUACCAAAAACUCAACGUCUGACUGCAACUUGAUCAAGGCCUACCAUUGAUGUUUAUGUGUUAGUUUGAAUUGCAAACAGGAAUUUAGGGCAUGCAUAUUCGUUCUGUAAAACACCUUCGCCAGGUUGGCGUGUCAUUCACAUUGUUUUCCAGCCUCCAUGAGAAAUGAUUUCAUUUAGAUUAAAGUCAAAGUCCAGGAUCCUUUCGCCUGUAAUAGAUGUUUGAAAGUUUACCAUAACUGGAUGCGUGAUGAAAUGACCACAGUGAAUGACAGCGUGUCAGUAUGAAACACACCAGCUGGUGCAGGUGGAACCAGCACCUUGUUCCCUGUGUGGCGUUUACAGGUCGCACCCCCCUUUGGUUUCAUGGUGACGGCGUAACAUUGAUUGUAGACAUUUUUAACUUGCGAUGUGUCGAUCCAGUAGGUACGUAGUUAUAUAACAUGCAGCCUGUAGAACUGCCAAACGUUGAGACGCACCCAGUGGGUUUGAUUCCGGUCACCCUGUUUUACUGCUAGCGAUGCCAAGCCCUUUGUUUCUAUUCCCACUUUAGGAAUCACCGUAGUCGUGCAUCUACCCUGAGAAAUCGAACCUACAAGUUUACAGUUUGUCAUGUUUGAAGACUAGUCAGUGUUAACUUCUCUUCCUGUCCCCUUAGUCUUACAAUAUGAGAUUUCUAAGAUUACAACAUCAGCUGAUGUCAUUGUGUAUUAAACAUGCAAAUAUCACAUCUGUCAAGUUUCUUAGACAUUAACCAGAUUAGAGAGUCGCCACAAUCAUUAUUAGUUUAACGUUUUCGAUCCUUUAAAGGAUUUUUUUAAACCAGACUUGCUUCUACUCUUCUUUUGUUUGUGGUUUAAUCCGUAUUUUUCCAUUAGAUCAAUAUUUUCAUGCAUCUUCUGUCAGCAUACGGCUCCUUUGUAAAUAAUCGUGUUAUUAUUGUGAAGAAGAGUAGAGCAAGUGACAGUUUUUAUACCAACACCUGAAUGUGCUUUUAUGACAUGAAUCAGACAAACCAACAUUGGUUUGUCUGAAUAGAAUCAAACUAGGAACAUGACCCAGUAGGCAGCCCAUCAACUUUUUAUCCGCUGGGUGUCUUAAAUGCAAUCCAGAUUUAGCACGUUGUUAGAAUUACCUUUUUUGCCUGUGUUGGCAGAUUGAUCAGGAUUUGUGUUCCUGUUUUUGUUUUUGUUUGUUUGACCUAAUUUGAUGUUCUGCGUUGACUGGAUGCACGUCUGGCUGUGUGUGCACGCUGUUGGUAUGCGCCUGCCGUGCAUGUGAUCACGUGAGAAAGCAAGAAGCCUGACGCAGUCAAAGGAAGGCUCCACUCAGUGGCCUGGCUCGUGUUAACUUCAGUUCACCAUGUUCAAUACAAACUAAUUAACUCUCUGCGCAGCAGUAAUCAAAGAAAGUCAAGUUAUCACAAUUUUCUCAGUUCCCACAAUUUUCCAGAUUCUUCAAAUAGGUUUAGACUUUUUGUACAUGUGCAUCGUGUAUUUUCAGUAGGAGAAUGUAAAUGCUGACAUGAAUGGAUUUGGCUAUAAACUUAAUGCUGCGUUGUUGUAAUUGUUCUUCUUUUUAGUGUUGUUUUUUGGAUGUUGUUUGUUGACCCGAGUGGCGUGCGAUACGUGGAAACUUUAGAUGCGUUCACACUCGCUCACCCAGACUGUACCCCAUCGGACGGAACCUUUUGCACGUGCCAAACCUGAGAGCUGCCAGGACCCGACAGCGGUCCCGCGGGCGUCAGGGGCCUGCUCUGCGCCCCCUACAGCUCAGCGUGGGGUUAGCGGCUCCCAGCGUACGAGGACGCUAGAAGCCCCUCGCUCACGGUGGUGGAUUUCGAACUCUUGUCUGAGAAUUUGACUGAGCGUCUACAGAUGUGACAGAAGAUAUUUUCUGUGCACAUCCAGAGCUCACCCCGACAGUCUGGCCCUUGUCUGAGCCUUCGUGCACCUCUGAAUGAUACUGUGCAUCCCUUUAAUGGAAGCUGAUGACUUCCUUCUUCCUGUUUGUAGAAACCUUGAAAUAACGAGUCACAGAUAGUGUAUGCAUGAAACAAUACAGUCCCCUGUGUGCCUUUCCCAACCGCAACACAUUUAUUUAGCAUCCUUCUUCUAAUGUCUAACUCUCCAUAAUCCAUGUUUCCUCCACAUCAUUGCUUCACCUAAUCUUUUUGUACUACUUCAGUUAGUUUCUACUUUCGAUCUGUGUCGGUGUCUCAGAACGUCUCUUGAUUCUCAAUGAAUGUAAAGCUCCUAUAAACAACUCUGCACGCGUUAGUCCCACAGCCGGGCCACCAACUACUGUAGUUUGUACUUUAAAUCUAACCUGAAAACAACUGGGCUCAUGCUCCCGUGUCCGCUUGCCUGACCUUUGCCUCCCUGUGCCUAAUAUCGACUGAAUGCUUUAGUGAGUGAUUGCUAACCGUGUCGACAGUCUCAAAGUAUAAUAAUCAGGGAGUGACGGAACAAUGAACGUUGGUGGAUGUGACUGAGCUGAAAAGAGCAAUGAUGAUGAUGAUGAUGAUGAUGAUGAUGAUGAUGAUGAUGAUGAUGAUAAUGGCUUGUGUGGAGGACGACCCUCGUGCCUCGUCACUUUGAACCAUCCAACCCCCCUUUUGUUUUUUUUUACCUCUUCCUCCUUCCUCAGUGCCUGGGCCCCAUCUUCAUCACAACACUCCUCCUCUCACCCUUUAAAGCCCAUCAGGUCAGGAGCGCACUGUUUCCUUCCUACAGAUGGCAUCAGUUCUUCCUCGCUACACGCUCUCCCUAGUGCAUCAUGGGAAAAGAGUUAGCCAAACUUAUUUGGUGUUUAACUUUGUUUACAAUCUAUUUGACGUCCUGACAUUUGUUAUUAGCUUAUGAUUCAUAAUUAGGACCUGAAGGGAACUAAACCCUUUUUAGUUUUGACAAAAUUCAUUUGAAAAUAAGGGUUUAAGGGAGAGGUCUAUUUAAAACACUCAGUUUAUGUAAGUUUAAGUUUUGUUUUAGAGUAAUGAUUUUUCUUUUUUGUAGGGAGUCAUUACAGUAUGUUUUGUGUGGUCUCCGCUGUAAAAACAAGAGUUAAAGUGAACUGCAAAGCACAGGAUCAUUAACAUGCAGGAAUGCCUUAUCGCUUUACCGAGACAGUACCACGGUCUCUACUCUCCUCUCGUUGUUCAUUUAGAGUCUAGACACCCUGCUGUUGUACAUAAAUGACUUACAGUAGACGCCUACAUAGAUUGUACAAGAAGAUAUAUUGUAUUUUGCAAAUGGUGUAUGUUUCCAUUGUCCACCUUAAACCUUUACAGUGAGUCUGAGCUACUUACCUUGUACCUGAUUGUCUCAUUUGUACCUAAUGUAUGAUAACAAAAAUUAAUAAAGGAAAAAUCUGGUUCAUACUCAAA